UGGAGCAUGUGUAGUGCCAUUCAAAAUGGCAACUUGCAGUAUAGAAGACGUGUUGGCAAAAGUCGAGAAAGAUGAAGCAGAGAAACUCAAAAGUAUAACAGUCGUCAAAGAGCUUGAUCUAGAAUUUGACCUAGGUAACAUGCUUGCUUUAGACAAGAAUCCGGUUAAUAUUCGAGAAUUCAGAGAGAAGAAUAAAGACGAAUUUCUGCGCUCUCUGGCCCGGGACAACACGCAGCUGCUGAUCAAUGAGAUCUGGAAGUUGCCCACCGAGCGAGUAGAUGAGGUAAUAGUUGCCAAAUUACCCGAAACAACCACUCGGUUGCCCAGGGAAAAGCCACCACCGAAGCCCAGACCCCCGACCAAAUGGGAGGAGUUCGCAAAACUGAAGGGAAUACAGAAUAAAAAGAAAACUAACUUGGUGUGGGACGACGUGCACAAGGAAUGGAAACGGCGAUGGGGCUACAAGCGGGCCAAAGAUGACACCAAAGAGUGGCUUCUUGAAGUUCCUGAGACCGCGGAUCCAAACGAGGACCAGUUUGCGAAGCGCAACAAAGCCAAGAAAGAGAGAGUGGCGAAGAAUGAGUUGAAUCGUUUGCGGAACAUUGCAAGAGCACAGAAGAUAAAAGUUCCCGGGAUUGGCCUUGCACCGACCGGACAGCAAUCCAAAUCUGACCUGGAGAAAGCCGUGCAUGUGGCUAAAAUGUCCACCGCAUCAGUGGGUAAAUUUCAAGACCGUCUACCAAAGGAGAAGGCGCCCAGGAACACUGGGAAGAAAAGGAAGUUUCAGCCUCUCAUUGGGGACUUCUCCACUGAAAAGCAAAAACAGCUGGACAUUUUGAAAAUUAUGGACAGCAAAAAGCCCCGACUGGACAUCAACAAAGCGGUGAACAAACAAAUGAGAGAAGAGGACAUGGAAUCUCGGUCCAAAAAGAAAGGAGGCCCAGGAAAGAAGGGUCGUAAGGGUAAUUUUUCAGGAAAAAAGGGCAAAGGAGCCGGCUCUGCCAAGGGUGGUAAAAACCACAAACCACGUAUGAAGCAGGGGAAACGAUAGACUAAUUUUUUAAAAUGACAGUUCUUGCAAUGUUUUGUAUAGUUAGUAUUUUUUGUGCCAUCUGUCAGUUUGAAUUGCCCUUUUUCUUGAAAUAUAAAAAUUUCCUGAAAUUAUUAUCCCUAUUAUGAGUGUCUGCUGUCUGACACUGAAGUCUCUAAUGUGUAGGCCUGUGUUGAGUUUUGGUACUCAGGUCAUUCGUCCUUUAGGUUUAUCUAACCAUUCCCCUUAAAAUAUUUCGAAAUGCAAAAUAUCAGGCAAAUGUUACGGGGCUGUCACUAUGGGUAAUUGUUAAAUGAAAAUUCUUGCUGGCUUUUUAUAUGCAGUAUGUUAUUUAGCCCAAUGAAUGGUCAUUUGUAAUGCACCAGCAAAUAGUAUCAGGUUUCAAAAUGCUUUUGGCUUUGUAAGACUAUGUUUGAUUCACAUUGAAGCAUGUAAGUCUGUUACAUGAAAUAAAUAUAUUUGAUUAUGUUAAAAGUU